GCAAACCAUCAGUGACUUCAGGUCAUCUGAGAGUCGCCGAGCACUUGUCUGUUUAUGCCCCGAUCAAUGAUGGCGGCUGUGAGCGGGCGAGGCCGCAGUGUUGUUGCUGCCCCCGACACGUGAUGCGGGCGGCGGGAGCGCGAAGCCGGACGAGCCCGUGGGGGGAGCGCGAUUAAGCGAGUUUGGCUGCAAAGCUGCACUGCUUCGGCACAGGCCGCCAUCAUGUCCUACAACUAUGUUGUGACAGCGCAGAAACCGACUGCGGUGAAUGCCUGCAUUACUGGUCAUUUCACCUCAGCCGAUGAUUUGAAUCUGUUGAUUGCCAAGAACACAAGGUUGGAGAUUUAUGUGGUGACUCCAGAAGGUUUGCGCCCUGUUAAAGAAGUAGGCAUGUAUGGCAAGAUAGCUGUAAUGGAGCUCUUCCGACCAAAGGGAGAAGGUAAGGACCUGCUUUUCAUUCUGACUGCAAAGUACAAUGCCUGCAUUUUGGAAUAUAAACAGAAUGGAGAAAACAUUGAUAUCAUCACAAGGGCCCAUGGAAAUGUACAGGAUCGUAUUGGCCGCCCUUCUGAGACAGGAAUAAUAGGUAUUGUGGACCCUGAGUGUCGCAUGAUAGGUCUCAGACUAUACGAUGGGCUCUUCAAGGUGAUCCCAUUAGACAGAGACAACAAAGAGUUGAAGGCAUUUAAUAUCCGUCUGGAAGAGCUUCAUGUAAUUGAUGUGAAGUUUCUGUAUGGCUGUCAGGUCCCAACCAUUUGCUUUGUCUAUCAGGAUCCUCAGGGCCGCCACGUAAAAACAUAUGAAGUAUCUUUGAGAGAAAAAGAAUUCAACAAGGGACCCUGGAAGCAGGAAAAUGUGGAAGCUGAAGCAUCAAUGGUCAUUGCAGUUCCAGAACCAUUUGGAGGAGCGCUGAUCAUAGGUCAAGAAUCCAUCACAUACCACAACGGAGACAAAUACCUGGCAAUUGCACCACCAGCUAUCAAGCAAAGCACAAUUGUUUGUCAUAAUCGUGUGGAUCCUAAUGGUUCACGGUAUCUGUUGGGAGAUAUGGAAGGACGUUUGUUUAUGCUGUUACUGGAGAGGGAGGAACAAAUGGAUGGGAACAUCACUGUCAAAGACCUUCGUGUUGAACUGCUAGGAGAGACAUCAAUUGCAGAAUGUUUGACGUACUUGGAUAAUGGAGUCGUAUUUGUUGGGUCUCGUCUUGGAGACUCACAGCUUGUAAAGCUAAACGUGGAUAGCAAUGAGCAGGGGUCCUAUGUUGCUGGCAUGGAAACCUUUACCAACUUGGGUCCAAUUGUGGACAUGUGUGUGGUAGAUCUGGAAAGACAAGGUCAGGGCCAGCUGGUUACUUGUUCAGGAGCAUUUAAGGAAGGGUCACUAAGAAUAAUCCGAAAUGGAAUUGGGAUCCAUGAACAUGCUAGCAUUGAUCUUCCUGGUAUUAAGGGUCUGUGGCCAUUGCGUUCUGAUUCCACUCGUGAUACAGAUGAUAUGUUGGUACUCUCAUUUGUUGGACAGACACGUGUGCUGAUGCUUAAUGGGGAGGAGGUAGAGGAGACUGAAAUGCCUGGCUUUGUUGACGACCAACAGACAUUCUACUGUGGGAAUGUGGCCCAUCAGCAGCUCAUUCAGAUAACAUCUGGUUCGGUGCGAUUGGUCAGCCAAGAGCCUAAGUCUCUGGUUAGUGAGUGGAAGGAGCCAAAUGGAAAGAAUAUCAGUGUUGCAUCCUGUAAUAACAGCCAGGUAGUAGUGGCAGUGGGUCGUGUAUUGUAUUACCUGGAAAUUCAUCCCAAGGAACUCAAACAAAUCAGUUUUAUAGAAAUGGAGCAUGAAGUGGCCUGUCUGGAUAUCACUCCAUUGACUGAGGGAAGCAGUAUAUCACCCCUAUGUUCUGUGGGCCUUUGGACAGAUAUUUCAGCCCAGAUCCUCAAACUACCAUCAUUUGAAAUCCUGCAUAAGGAGAUGCUUGGAGGAGAGAUCAUUCCACGGUCCAUUUUGAUGACAACAUUUGAAGGCAGCCAUUACCUGCUGUGUGCUUUGGGUGAUGGAGCUCUCUUUUACUUUGGACUUGAAAUAGAAACAGGUUUGCUGAGUGAUCGUAAGAAAGUCACACUGGGGACCCAACCGACAGUGCUGCGAACGUUCAGAUCUUUGUCCACCACAAAUGUCUUUGCCUGCUCAGAUCGUCCUACUGUCAUUUAUAGCAGCAAUCACAAGCUGGUCUUCUCAAAUGUUAACCUCAAGGAAGUAAACUACAUGUGCCCUCUUAAUUCCGAGGGAUACCCUGAUAGUUUGGCUUUGGCCAACAACAGCACUUUAACUAUAGGAACCAUUGACGAGAUUCAGAAACUACACAUCCGGACGGUGCCACUUAAUGAGUCUCCAAAGAGAAUCUGUUACCAAGAAGCAUCACAGUGCUUUGGUCUGGUAAGCAGUAGAGUGGAAGUAUUAGAUCCCAGUGGAGGCACCUCUGUCCUGAGACCGAGUGCCAGCACUCAGGCUCUUUCCACCAGUAUCAGCUCCAGUAAACUUUUCCCAAGUAGUACCUCUCAGCAUGAGAGCUCAUUUGGGGAUGAAGUGGAGGUGCACAAUUUACUAAUCAUAGAUCAGCAUACAUUUGAAGUUCUUCAUGCUCACCAGUUUCUUCAAAAUGAGUAUGCACUAAGUAUUGUGUCCUGCAAGUUGAGCAAAGAUCCCAAUACUUACUUUGUCGUGGGCACGGCAAUGGUUUAUCCUGAAGAAGCAGAACCAAAACAAGGACGAAUUAUUGUGUUCCAGUACUCUGAUGGUAAACUUCAGACAGUAGCAGAAAAAGAAGUAAAAGGUGCUGUAUAUUCCAUGGUGGAGUUCAAUGGCAAGUUGUUGGCAAGCAUCAAUAGCACGGUGCGAUUAUAUGAGUGGACUGCUGAAAAAGAGCUACGCACAGAGUGUAACCACUACAAUAAUAUCAUGGCCCUUUACUUGAAAACAAAGGGAGACUUUAUCCUUGUGGGAGAUUUGAUGCGCUCAGUGCUGCUGCUUGCUUAUAAACCAAUGGAAGGCAAUUUUGAAGAGAUUGCCCGAGACUUCAACCCUAAUUGGAUGAGUGCUGUGGAGAUAUUGGAUGAUGAUAAUUUCUUGGGUGCAGAGAACUCCUUCAAUUUGUUUGUUUGUCAGAAAGACAGUGCGGCUACUACAGAUGAGGAAAGACAGCACCUCCAGGAAGUAGGGCUAUUCCACCUUGGCGAGUUUGUCAAUGUGUUUUGUCAUGGAUCUCUGGUAAUGCAGAAUCUUGGUGAGACGUCAACACCUACACUGGGUUCAGUGUUGUUUGGUACAGUCAAUGGCAUGAUUGGUUUGGUUACUUCAUUGUCUGAGAGCUGGUAUAACUUCCUUUUCGAAGUCCAAAAUCGACUGAAUAAAGUUAUCAAAAGCGUGGGCAAGAUUGAACAUUCAUUUUGGAGAUCAUUUCACUCUGAAAGGAAGACUGAACCGGCUGCAGGAUUCAUAGAUGGAGACCUUAUAGAGAGCUUCUUGGAUCUUAGCCGACCUAAAAUGCAGGAGGUGGCUGCAGGGUUGCAGAUUGAUGAUGGCAGUGGGAUGAAAAGAGAAGCAACUGUAGAUGAUCUGAUAAAAAUUGUUGAAGAAUUAACCAGAAUACAUUAGCCGAACACUGAAGAUAUGCUGUUUAUCAGCAAUAAUGCUGGUAUUAUUGGAGGGUUGCAGUGAACUUUAGUACACAAUUAAAAGAGCUACAGAGUAUUUGUGAUAUGAACCAAUAAUGUCUGGGACAUAAAAUUUCUUCACUCAUAGCUGUGUUUCAUCACUCUGUCCUGAGCUGCUGUUAGGACAUUAUUGUUCAUAUGGAUAGGAACUCCAGGGAAACUGACAAAAAUCACGUUUUCCUUAAUGUCAGCAUAACAAAGCAAAAAUUAAAUUUAAAAUUGCCUACAGAAGGUGUGUUAUUUUUUAUUCUCCAUCUGUCAUCCCUCGCAGCAAAAUGAAUAUGGUACAUUAUACUUAUUGGAGAGGUGGAAAGGCAGAAAAGCCAAGUAAUGAUUUUGGGACUAGUUGACAUCAAGCUUAAAGGCUGCUCAGUUUUAGUCUAGAGCCAGUUGCACUGAAAAUUCCUUCCUCUUUUGGGAGCAACUUAUUAUACCUUAAUUGAAUUUGACUCUAAUGCUGGUAUUGUUGAACUGUGAGAGUUCUAUCCUGAGGAUUCUUUGUUACCUAGCUGACAACCUCACUUACGUGGCUAGUAUAAAAAUAUGCAAUGCAGUAGUGGGUAUUUUUCUGAAAUUAAGGUCAAGAUGCAUUGAGGAACAGCACUGAAGUAGCUUUACUUUAAAUUUAGCCUGUGUUACCUUCACCUCGGUGCUGAUGAUGAAUGCUAAAAACAAUUCCAUUCCUCUGCAUUGACCAACAACUUAGUACAUAAAAAUUGGACAUUAAAUUAUUGCACAUAGACAGCACCAUAGUUGGGAGCUGAACUUUGCCCAUGUGCACAUAUUAGCUUGAGACCUCAGUGCUUCCAUACUUUGAAAAUGAUCUGGGGGAACCAGGAACAGCUGUUGGAAAAUUCAACAAUAAUGCCACAUGCAUUUUUUUUUGUUAGUCAGCACCCCAGGCUGCUGAAGGAACUACUCUUGUUGAUAUUUACAUGACUAAGUACAAACAUCAAGCUGUGCCAAAGUAUUUUGUAAAGGAGAGCUGCGAGUGGUUAUAAUUGUCACUUAGUAUGCUUUAACAUGACAAUACGUGUACAGGGUUCAAAAUAACUAGAAUGAAAGGGUAAGAUUCUUCUGUACAACAGGCAUAUAUUGCACACUUAGGCUUCAACCACUCAUGGUGCUAAGCAAGCUCUGAUGAAUGCCUGAAAGUGACAGUCCUUAGCUGCCUAAUGCAUAUUAAUUACACAUUGCAAUCAUACUAAUGAGAAAGAAAUUCUGCACGGCAUUGAUUCAGAUAGUGUUAAAUGUUAUUUCGAGCCCUGCCAUUUGCUUGGAGUUAAAGAAUGGUGAUUGGUUUAUCAAGCAUUCAGUAUUACAUGGUAUAAAAAUACUGACGUGUUUUAUGUUAGAAAGAAAACUAAAAAUGGAAUAUUUGAAUUAAAAUACAAAUACUUGGCAGAUUUGUCAGUAUCUCAGAAUAAAACUCAGCAGAAACAUCGAGAGAGGCACUCCAUAAAACACAUUUUUGACAAUUUCAGUUUUGGUGAUCUCCCCAUAACCAGGAAGCUAUUUUUGUUGCAUCAUCAGCCCAACUCUUCUAAACUAGGAGGAUGAAUUAUAUGGCCUGCUUUGGGAUUUAAUUUAUUUUUAAACACUGUAGAAUUGUGAGCAAAACUCCACCUUGCCCAUUCAGCAUGCUUUAAGGGUGGAACAAUAACCAUAGCAUAUGUGGUCUGAUACUUUAGUUUAAAUUAAAACUUAGAUUAAAGAGAGAUGAUCUGAUGGUUGCUGUCAUCUGCAACUGGUUCUAGAGCCUUUUGUGAAUCUGGGCCCAAAAUCUCAAGAGGUAAUCACUGUGAAGAUGGUCUGCAGAAGUGCAUAGUGUGUUUUAUGCCUAUUUCCUUUGAUUUUGAGCUCCCUUCAUAUUACCUUGAAGAAAAUCGUAAUUCUUCCCUUUGUGGCUGUUUAACAAAAAGGCGUGUCCUUUUGUAGGCUGAAGAUAAAACUGCUUUAUAAAUAAUGAACAAAUGUGCACUGUGCUUGAAUCUUUUAAUGAAUUUUGUUAUUUUCAUCAAUAAAUUUCUGUUUCAAAGUG